UCUCGGUGCGCUCUUGAGCGCGCACUUCGCAAUCCAUCUCCCCUGUACGUUUCAGCGCAGCUCUCCUCCAUCCACCCUGUCCUCUGUGUGUGAGCGUGUGUGUGUGUGUGUGUGUGUGUGUGUGUGAGAGUGUGUGAGAGUGUGUGUGUGUGUCCGUCCCGGUGUGUGUCCAUGGGAGAGGAGCUCCGCGCGCAGCGCCGCCGCGCUCUGUGACUUUGCCACUUUAUUGAAAGAGUUUCCAGUUGGGACACAGAUCAUCGGAGCUCUGUCUCCACUCGGACACCGGGACACAUGGUGUCCCAGAAGAGCCCUGAUCUACAAAUCGAGACGCUUCUCUGGAUUAAAGUCGCUUUUCCUCCUUCCUCUGGUCCGUGAAGAAUGAUGUAAAAAGGACUAAAAUAAUAAUAAGAAUAAUAAUAAUAAUAAUUAAAAAACAUCCACACAUGGUCCUGCUGGACGGUUCUCACACACUCACCCCAAGUUUGGAUUAAACACACAGAGGAUAUGGAUAAUUUCUUUACCGUGGGAGCCCGUGUCUGGCUACGGGAGGAUGAGCAGUACAUGCCCAGCACAGUGUCGUCCUGCUCAGGGGGUGUGGUGGUCUUUACUACUGAUUAUGGGCAGGUGUAUACCUACAAGCAGAACACCCUGACCAGGCAGAAGGUCCAUGCCAUGCACCCCAGCAGCAUCUCAGGCGUCGAGGACAUGGCAUCACUGGGGGACCUUCACGAUGGCGCCAUCAUGCACAACCUGUACCUCCGCUACCGGCAGAAGAAAAUCUAUACGUACAUUGGCUCCAUCCUGGCGGCGGUUAACCCUUACGAGCCGAUCCCUCACCUAUACGACAAGCCCAACGUGGAGCUCUACAGCAGACAUCAUCUAGGAGAGGUUGCCCCGCACAUCUUCGCAGUGGCCAAUGAAUGCUACCGCUCGCUGUGGAAGAGGAUGGAGAACCAGUGUGUGCUCAUAAGCGGUGAGAGCGGGGCGGGCAAGACCGAGAGCACCAAGCUGAUCCUGCGCUUCCUGUCAGCCAUGAGCCAGCGCUCCCUCGGGGUUACGGCCAAGGCAGGAACGUCCCACGUGGAGCACGCAUUGCUGGAGAGCAGCCCCAUCAUGGAGUCCUUUGGGAACGCCAAAACCGUUUACAACAACAACUCAAGCCGCUUCGGGAAGUUCGUGCAGUUGCACUUUUGCCAAAAGGGGAACAUUCAGGGGGGUAAAAUUGUCGACUACUUAUUGGAGAAGAACCGAGUGGUGAGGCAGAACCCUGGUGAGAGGAACUACCAUAUCUUCUACGCCCUGCUGGCAGGCAUCGAUGCAGGCCAGAGGGAGGCAUUCGGCCUGACGCAGCCAGAGAGCUACUACUACCUGAGGCAGUCCGGAUGUGUGGAGGACAAGACAAUCAAUGACAAGGACACUUUCCAUGAAGUACUGAGCGCCAUGCGGGUGAUGAACUUCAGCGAGGAGAACAUCCGCGAGAUUCUGCGGCUCCUGGCUGGAGUGCUCCACACAGGGAACAUCGAGUUCAUGACCGCCGGUGGGGCGCAGAUCUCCUCUAAAUCAGCUCUGGGCUGGGCGGCAGAGCUCCUCGGGCUGGACUCAGGACAGCUAGCAGAGGUGCUCACCCAUAGGUCCAUGAUCCUCAGGGGAGAGGAGAUCAGCACGCCUCUGUCUGUUGAGCAGGCCGUGGAUUCCAGAGACUCCUUGGCUAUGGCACUUUACUCCCAAUGCUUUACCUGGAUCAUCAGGAAGCUCAACAGCAGGAUACAGGGGAGGAACGACUUCAAGUCCAUUGGAAUCCUAGACAUUUUUGGGUUCGAGAACUUUGAGGUCAAUCGUUUUGAGCAGUUCAACAUCAACUAUGCAAACGAGAAACUCCAGGAAUACUUCAAUAAGCACAUCUUCUCCUUGGAACAACUUGAAUACAACAAAGAGGGGCUGGUGUGGGAGGACAUCGACUGGAUGGACAACGGAGAAUGUCUGGACAUGAUCGAGAAGAAACUGGGCCUUCUGGCACUGAUCAAUGAGGAGAGCCACUUCCCGAAGGCUACCGACAGCACCCUGCUGGAGAAGCUCCAUGGCCAGCACUCGAAAAACCCUUUCUACGUGAAGCCUCGAGUGGCAGUUCACUACUUUGGGGUGAAACACUACGCUGGAGAGGUGGUGUAUGACGUGAGGGGCAUUUUGGAGAAGAACAGGGACACUUUCAGAGACGAUAUCCUCAAUACGCUGAGAGAGAGCAGGCUGGAUUUCAUCUACGACCUGUUCGAGCACGUCUCCAGCCGCAAUAACCAGGACACCCUCAAGUGCGGUUCGAAACACCGGAGGCCCACUGUGAGCUCCCAGUUCAAGAAUUCUCUGCACUCCCUCAUGGCCACCCUCAGCACGUCAAACCCAUUCUUUGUACGCUGUAUCAAGCCAAACACUAACAAGAUGCCUGACCACUUUGACCAGACGGUGGUCCUGAACCAGCUUAGGUACUCUGGGAUGCUGGAGACAGUGCGGAUCCGUCGGGCCGGGUUCCCUGUGAGAAGGACCUUCCAGGACUUCUGCACAAGGUACAAGGUGCUCAUGAGGCGCAUGCCCCUACCAGGUGACCCGAAAGGGAGAUGCUCAGGGCUCCUUCAUGCCUAUGACAGCAGCAGGAUCGAGUGGCAGCUGGGCAAGUCCAAGGUGUUCUUACGGGAAUCUCUGGAACACAGGCUGGAGAAGCAACGGGAAGUAGAGGUGCUCCAUGCUGCCAUGAUCAUCCAGGCACACAUUAUGGGCUACAUGGCCAGGAAACAGUACAAGAAACUGCUGCAUUGCAUCGUGGUCAUCCAGAAGAACUACCGGGCCUACUACUGGCGGAGGAAGUUUCUGCUUCUCCGCUGGGCAGCCCUCACCUUGCAGAAGUGUCAGAGGGGGCGGCUGGCCCGCAAGAUCUAUUGCCAACUGCUGGAGGACAGGAGGAGGAGGGAGGAGGAAGAGCGGAGGAGGAAGGCCGAAGAGGAGGAGAGGGAGCGGCAGAGAAUGGAGGCGGAGAGACUGGCAAAAGAGGCGGAAGAAGCGCGCAGGGCGGAGGAGCUGGCCUCCCAAGCUCGGGACACUGUCCAGGAGGCCGAGUGGGAUGCCCGACCCCAGGACACGUACAAGGUGGAGGAGAUCCUGCGGCUGGAAAGGGAGAUCCAGAAGCUGCAGAGGCAGAAGGAGAGGCAGGAGCUGUCGCUUACCGAAGCCUCCCUCCUGCGCCUCCAGCGGCUGCGUGAUGACGAGCUGCGGCGGCUGGAGGACGAGGCCUGCCGUGCCGCCCACGAGUUCCUCGAGUCGCUCAACUUCGAUGAGAUCGACGAGUGCGUGCGCAACAUCGAGAGCUCGCUGAGCGCAGCGCCAGGCGGCAGCAAGGAGACGCUGACCUUCAGCCGGACCUUUCCCAGCCGCCGAAGGGAGGAGGACGAGGAAGUGGACGAGGGCUUCGGGGCCGAUGACGAGACUUUCAAGGAGUCGCCCAACCCCAGCGAGCACGGCCACUCGGACGGCCAGCGCACCAGCGGCAUCCGCACGAGCGACGACUCCUCCGAGGAGGACCCCUACGUCAACGACUCAGUGGCACCCCCACCUCCGCCGCCAGCUCUGCCCGGACCCCAAGCCUGCCACAGCGGCUCCUCCAGCGGGGAUUCGGCCUAUUGCCGCCCCUUGGGAUUGGGUGCUUCGAGCGAGGGCUCCGUGGAACUCAUCCCACCAGACGAGGACUCGGACUACGACCGCGACGACUACGACGAGGGGGCCAUUGUGUCCAGCGGCAGCGUGGCUUUCUCCAACCCGCGCAGCGGCCAGUGGUCCCUGGACUACCGCUGUUCCCUGGACACCUACAACAGCUCGGGGGCGUACCACUUCAGCUCAGAGGGAGCGCAAUCCUCUUAUGAGGACAGCGAGGAGGACUUCGACAGGUUCGACACAGAUGAUGAGCUGUCCUAUCGGCGGGAUUCAGUGUACAGCUGUGUCACAUUACCCUACUUCCACAGCUUCUUGCAUAUUAAAGGGGGCCUGAUGAACGGGUGGAAGAGGCGCUGGUGUGUUCUCAAGGAUGAGACCUUCCUGUGGUUCCGGGCCAAACAAGAGGCCCUCAAGCAGGGCUGGCUGCACAAAAAAGGCGGCGGCACAUCCACGCUCUCCCGCCGCAACUGGAAGCGCCGCUGGUUCGUGCUGCGCCAGAGCAAGCUCAUGUACUUUGAGAAUGACGGAGAGGAGAAGCUCAAGGGCACGUUGGACAUCCAUGCAGCCAAGGAGAUUGUGGACAACACAGGGAAGGAGAACGGCAUCGACAUCGUCAUGGCUGAGCGCACGUAUCACCUCAUAGCAGAGUCUCCUGAGGAUGCCAGCCAGUGGUUCAGCGUGCUGAGUCAGGUCCACGGCUCCACCGAGCAGGAGAUUCGGGAGAUGCAUGAUGAACAGGCCAACCCUCAGAAUGCCGUGGGAACUCUCGAUGUUGGUAUGAUCGACUCGGUAUGUGCUUCUGAUAAUCCUGAGAGGCCCAACUCAUUCGUAAUCAUCACGGCAAACCGCGUGCUCCACUGCAACGCUGACACACCCGAGGAGAUGCACCACUGGAUCACCCUGCUGCAGCGCUCCAAGGGCGACGCGCGUGUCGAGGGCCAGGAGUUCAUUGCCAGAGGAUGGCUGCACAAGGAAAUGAAGAACAGCACCAAGGCUUCGCUGAAGCUGAAGAAACGCUGGUUCCUGCUCACCCACAAUUCCCUGGAUUACUACAAGAGUUCCGAGCGCAGCGCCCUCAAGCUGGGCACGCUGGUGCUUAACAGCCUGUGCUCUGUGGUCCCGCCCGAUGAGAAAGUCUUCAAGGAGACCGGCUACUGGAAUGUGACCGUGUACGGUCGCAAGCACUGCUACCGCCUCUACACCAAACUGCUGAGUGAGGCUACUCGCUGGUCUAGUGCCAUCCAGACCGUCAUCGACACCAAGGCCCCCAUCGACACACCAACCCAGCAGCUAAUCCAAGACAUUAAGGAGAACUGCUUGAAUGUGGAGGUGGUGGAGCAGAUCUACAAGAGAAACCCCAUCCUUCGCUAUAGUAACCACCCGCUGCACUCACCUCUGUUACCUCUGCCCUAUGGGGACAUCCACCUGAGCCUGCUCAAGGACAAGGGCUACACCACCCUCCAGGAUGAGGCUCUCAAGGUCUUCAACUCACUGCAGCACUUGGAAGGUGUUUCCGACCCUGUGCCCAUCAUCCAGGGCAUCCUGCAGACGGGCCAGGACUUGCGACCUCUACGUGAUGAGCUCUACUGCCAGCUGGUGAAGCAGACCACCAGGCCCCCGCAGCCAGGAAGUACAGGCAAUAUUCGCAUCUGGCAGAUCCUGGCCUGCAUGAGCUGCACCUUUGUUCCUUCCAGGGGCAUCCUCAAAUACCUGAAGUUCCACCUGAAAAGGACCCGUGAGCUCUUCCCCGGGACGGAGAUGGAAAAGUAUGCGGCCUUCGCCUUCGAGUCCUUCAAGAAGACUAAGACGCGAGAAUUUGUGCCCUCGCAGGAGGAGAUCCGUGCCAUCAUCGACCGCCAGGAAAUGAGCACCACGGUGUACUGCCACGGCGGCGGCUCCUGCAAAAUCACCAUCAGCUCCCACACCACAGCCGGAGAGGUGGUGGAGAAGCUGAUGCGCGGGCUGGCCAUGGAGGACAGCCGCAACAUGUUCGCUUUGUUCGAGCACAACGACGCCACGGAGAAGGCCAUCGAGAGCCGCACCGUGGUGGCCGACGUCCUCGCCAAGUUCGAAAAGCUUUCUGCCAGCCCAGAGGAGCACAACACCGGCUGGAAAUUCUAUUUCAAACUCUACUGCUUCCUAGACACCGAUAAGGUUCCGAAGGACAGCGUGGAGUUUGCGUUCAUGUUUGAGCAGGCCCACGAAACGGUGGUCCGAGGCCAGUACCCGGCCCCUGAGGAGACCCUUCAGUUCCUGGCCGCCCUGCGGCUCCAGUACCAGCUGGGCGACUUCAGCGCUCAGGCAGCGGUGCCCGAAAUGGGGCAGCUGUACCCUAUGGGGCGCCUGCGCGCUCGCAUCCAGCAGUCGGCGAGGACCUUCGCCCCGGCGGGCGCAGAGCGGGCUGAGAGGAAACGUUCCAGCUUCCUGGAGGGCACCCUGCGCCGCAGCUUCCGUGCCGCUUCGCUCAGCCGCCAGAGGCUGGAGGAAGAGAACGUGCUGGAAGGAUGGGUACGGGAGGAGAUCGCUGCCGCACGUGCCAGUGUGUUGGACAAGUGGAAAAAGCUGCGUUCCAUGACCCAAGAACAGGCCAUGGUCAAGUACAUGUCGCUGGUGAAAGAGUGGCCCGGCUACGGCUCGACACUUUUUGAUGUGGAGUGCCGGGACGGAACGUUCCCCCAAGAGUUGUGGCUGGGUGUCAGUGGCGAGGCGGUCUCUGUGUACAAGAGGGGCGAACCCCAGCCUCUUGAGGUCUUCCCCUACGAGCAGAUCCUCUCCUUCGGGGCCCCACAGCCGAACACCUACAAAAUUGCCGUGGAGAGCCGGGAGCUGUUCUUCGAGACAGGGCUGGUGGUUGACAUCGCCAAGCUCAUGAAGGCCUACAUCAGCAUGAUUGUCAAGAAACGCUACAGCACCACCUGUUCCAUUAGCAGCCAUGGAAGCCAGUGCAGCGGCCGCUGAAAGGAACGACCUUCAACUCUUGACCUUCGAAGUAUUCGCCUCGUCAUGGGAGGCAGCUGAAGAGCAGGAGCUCUGCUCAUCAUUGCUCUCUGGUGGCAGGCCCCACCUGACCCUAAAAGUUCUCUUUUAACCAGCUGGUCCCGUUUUGCAAACGCUACCAUGAACAGCAGAAUAUGGACUGGGUUGUGUAUGGAAGACAUGGGAAAAGCCUUCAGUAUUUAAUGAGCUGCAUCAUCUGCUCAGAGCAUGAAGCUGCCAUUGGACACGGACAUAGAUGUGUAGUUAAGGGCAUUUCGAUGUGCUCUUAACUCUUUCUUCAGUUUCCAGUCAGCAUAAAUUCUCUGGAAAAAAGGAGGCUGAUGGUGGUUGAGUGAUGAAGAGGUCAUUAUAUCUGGUGCUUUGUAUACUGCGUCGAAGACAUUGUCCACUUGUGUCAAAGGUGUGGUGUCAAACUUAGAAAAAAAAAGACACAAAGAAAAUAAUAUCCAAAGCCUUUAGCAAUACGCGUGGCAAACGCUAAUGGACCACUGUUACAAUAGUGCCUUAUUUGGGAAGAACUCCAACCUCAAGGGCUGAGGCCCAGGCUGAACCAAGAAUGCGCCACGUUCGUUGCAAGCAAGCACUUGUACCUGUGUAGCAAAAAAAUGAAAUGUCAUGAAGAUAUUAUGGAAUUCCAAGCAAAGCCCUGCCAUCCCUGACCUCCGCUGCUUCUGGCUUGCGAGGAAGCGAUUCCUGUGGUCUCCUGCGGCGGUGCGGUGCUGCUUCCCGAUGUCCCACAGGGCUGCUGGCGGCCUUCGUGUUCCUAGAUCCCACAC